AUGGAAGCCAUCCUCCACCGCCACAUCGGCUAUGAAAAAGUCGAUCCGGCUGGUCAUUCCGGCGGAGGCUCGAUCAGUCGUGGUGAAGCUUACGAUACAGAAUUUGGGCGCGUCUUUGCCAAACAUAAUGCUAAACGUGGGAGCCUCGAAAUGUUCGAGGGUGAAUACGCUGGUUUGGCAGCUAUCGCCGCGACUGAUGCGAUUUGCUGCCCGAAACCGAUAAAAGUGAUUGACCUUGGAGAAAGCGGCGCCUGCCUGGUCACCGACUACGUGGAGAUGGUGGGUAGGAGCAGUGGUUUGGUACAAAAAUUUGGAAAGCAACUGGCUGAAAUGCACAACCACAACGCAAAACUACUCAAAGAGGCCGAACAGCGAGAGAAUUUCGUUGGAUCAGUGCAAGAAGGCCAGCCUCGCUUCGGCUUCGAAAAGACGACCUGUUGCGGGGCCCUCCCAUUACGCAAUGAAUUCAUGGCAUCGUGGCCCGAAUUCUACGUCCAAAAUCGGCUCGAUCCGCAAGUUCAGAGGAUUCUGGAGAAAAACGGCGACCGCGAGCUGAAAAACAUCUACCCCGAAUUACUCCACGCCUGCGAGAAGUUAUUUUCGGAUUAUGAAGCCGUCCCGCCAGCGCUCGUCCAUGGCGAUCUCUGGUCCGGAAAUUGGAGCUCUACGGCUGAGGGAGAGCCAGUGAUUUUCGAUCCCGCUGCCUUCUACGGCGACCCCGAAUUCGAGGAGGGCAUUAUGAAUAUGUUUGGAGGCUUUGGAAAAGAAUUCUGGUCGGCCUACCAUGAAAUUCUGCCUUCAAAACCUGGCCGUGACAAGCGAGUUCUGCUCUAUGAGCUCUUCCACAACCUCAAUCACUGGAAUCACUUUGGUUCUUCCUACAAAGGCGGCUCGAUGUCCCUGAUCCGGAGCAUCAUUUCACAGAAUUUUACCUCC